AUGGCUCUAAGAAACACUGUCGCCGUCAGUUUCAUCAUGAUGAUGGUUUUCUUUGGUGCUUGUUCCACUACUGUUUAUACAGAUGGUGGCGAUUUAGAAGGGUCGACUUCAAGUGACGUGAUUAAUUACAACGAGUGGGCUUUAUCAAAAGAAUUUCAUGUUGGCGACGAAUUCAUUUUUAAUUACACACAGGAAGAAGAUUUUGUGAUGUUAGUCACUCAAGAAGUUUAUGACAAUUGCAUUCCAUCACUUGCCUUGUCCCAUUACGGUGCCUUGGCUUUACGCAUUUACCGCCCCUUACUUUUAACAUACCAGGCACAUACUAUGCUAUUUGCGGUGAACCUGACCACUGUCAAGCUUGCCAAAAGAUUGGAAGCAAGAUCAAUGCCCCCGAAAUAG